AGAGAAGACGGCCCCCCUCUCUCGGCCCGGCCAUCUUGUGGGAAGAGCUGAAGCAGGCGCUCUUGGCUUGGCGCGGCCCGCUGCAAUCCGUGGAGGAACGCGCCGCCGAGCCACCAUCAUGCCUGGGCAUUUACAGGAAGGCUUCGGCUGCGUGGUCACCAACCGAUUCGACCAGUUACUUGACGACGAAUCGGAUCCGUUCGAGGUGUUGAAGGCAGCAGAGAACAAGAAAAAAGAAGCCGGCGGGGGCGGCGUUGGGGGCCCUGGGGCCAAGAGCGCUGCUCAGGCCGCAGCUCAGACCAACUCCAAUGCGGCAGGCAAACAGCUGCGUAAAGAGUCUCAGAAAGAGCGCAAGAACCCGUUGCCCGCCAACGUUGGCGCGGUUGACAAGAAAGAGGAGACGCAGCCACCCGUGGCGCUUAAGAAAGAAGGAAUAAGGCGUGUUGGAAGAAGACCUGAUCAACAACUUCAGGGUGAUGGGAAAAUAAUUGAUAGAAGACCAGAAAGGCGACCACCUCGUGAACGACGAUUUGAAAAGCCACUUGAAGAAAAGGGUGAAGGAGGAGAAUUUUCAGUUGAUAGACCGAUUAUUGACCGGCCUGUCAGAGGCCGUGGUGGUCUUGGAAGAGGUCGAGGAGGCCGUGGACGCGGAAUGGGCCGAGGGGAUGGAUUUGAUUCUCGUGGCAAACGUGAAUUUGAUAGGCAUAGUGGAAGUGACAGAUCUUCUUUUUCACAUUACAGUGGCCUGAAGCACGAGGACAAACGUGGAGGUAGCGGAUCUCACAACUGGGGAACUGUCAAAGAUGAAUUAACUGACUUGGAGCAAUCAAAUGUGACUGAGGAAACACCUGAAGGUGAAGAACAUCCAGUUGCAGACACUGAAAAUAAGGAAAACGAAGUUGAAGAAGUAAAGGAAGAGGGUCCAAAAGAAAUGACUUUGGAUGAGUGGAAGGCUAUUCAAAAUAAGGACCGAGCAAAAGUAGAAUUUAAUAUCCGAAAACCAAAUGAAGGUGCUGAUGGGCAGUGGAAGAAGGGAUUUGUUCUUCAUAAGUCAAAGAGUGAAGAGGCUCAUGCUGAAGAUUCGGUUAUGGAUCAUCAUUUCCGGAAGCCAGCAAAUGAUAUAACGUCUCAGCUGGAGAUCAAUUUUGGAGACCUUGGCCGCCCAGGACGUGGUGGCAGGGGAGGACGAGGUGGCCGUGGGCGUGGUGGACGUCCAAACCGUGGCAGCAGGACUGACAAGUCAAGUGCUUCUGCUCCUGAUGUAGAUGACCCAGAGGCAUUCCCAGCUCUGGCUUAACUGGAUGCCAUAAAACAACCCCGGUUCCUUUGUGGACCCUCCUCUCUGAGGUUUUGCAUGCUUAAGGAUCCCAAACGACUUAAGAAAUUAAAAAAAAAAAAAGACUGUCAUUCAUACCUUUCACACCUACAGACUGAAUUUUAUCUGUUUUGAAAAUGAACUUCUCUAGCUACACAGAAGUAACAAUAUGGUAGUCAGUUUUGUAUUUAGAAAUGUAUUGGUAGCAGGGAUGUUUUCAUAAUUUUCAGAGAUUAUGCAUUCUUCAUGAAUAUUUUGUAUUGCUGCUUGCAAACAUGCAUUUCCAAACUUGAAAUAUAGGUGUGAACAGUGUGUACCAGUUUAAAGCUUUCACUUCAUUUGUGUUUUUUAAUUAAGGACUUAGAUGUUCCCCCAAUUGCCGACUGGUUUUAAAUAUUGGACAUAUCAGUUUUAAUACCUGCUUUGCAUUUUCACACAUGGUCAACUGGGACAUGUAAACUUUGUCAAAUUUUAUGCUGUGUGGAAUACUAACUAUAUGUAUUUUAACUUAGUUUUAAUAUUUUCAUUUCUGGGAAAAAACUUUUUUCACUUCUCAUGAUAGUUAUAUGCUAAAUCUUUAUAUACAGAAAUACCAGACUUGAAAAAAUUCAAAGCACAUUGGUUUAUUAACCCUUGCUCCUGCAUGAUUCAUUAGGUUCCAAUUAUAAUUGAUUCACAGUUUCAGCUAUAUUUACUUUUAAAAAGUGUGACUUUCCCACUUUAAAAAACAAAUUAGACACCUUACUGGUGAAAGUUGUUUAAGCUACUUAUUGUUGAUAGACACAUCCUGUUAGGUGAAGUAGUUUUAUGGGUGUUGGGCUUUUCCCACUCCAACAGGGUGGGUGGAACAAAGUUGAUUUGGCUAAUGCAUAAUAUUUAAACUGUCUGGCAACUUGAUAUGAUUUGUGUGUGAAACGUCCCAAAUCAAAAUUGUACACCCAUAAUCAACAACCCUUUAACCCUUCCUUGUUGUAAAGAAACCAAAGGGCACUGGUUAGUAUGAUAAGAUGGGGGAGUAUGUUAAUUUUUGAAUUUGGAAAGCAGACAGCUUUACUUGAUAAGGUUGGAACAGCAGCACCAUACAUGAAAUAUAAACCAAAAAUCUUAUUGUUUUUGAAUUUCCUAUAUUGCUAUUAAUUUUGGUCCUGAGUUGAUAGAUAACUGUUCUGUAGAAGGUGAUGAGUAUCUUUUACCUCUUCUCCAUUAGAAAAUUAGGUUAAUAAUGAAUUCUUGAACUCUGGAGCAUCACCACUUAUAAAACAUGGAGAGAAUGAUCAAAUGAAUAAACAGGUUUUCUAGGAUCCUUUUUUUAAGUCUUCUGACACAUUUGUUGAUAAGCAGGAAAGGAAUUUUAUUUAUAGUUUUAAGGAUGUUUUGCCACUCAUUAAUUUCCAACCAAUGUAUGGUAAUAUCCAGUUUUUAAAAUAUUCAAGAUCUUAAAUCAUAAAAUGUCUGCUGUUUAGCUGAUUAGUUAUACCAUAUACUUCUAAGAGAGAGAGAAGUUGCACAGUACAAAAGAAUUCAUUUGGGUUACUAGUUACCUACCAGUAUGACAUCUUAGGAAGGAGGUAAUUGGUUUUUAAUAAUGGAUAAACUUGUGCUGGUGUUUUGGAUCUUAUGUUGAGCAUGUUCUGGUGCUAAUGUCUAAUACAAUUUUAUAUUUACAAACACUUUCUAUCCAGAGGCAAGUAUUAAUUUAGUCCAUGUGGACUAUAGACCCCACGAGAUUACAGCAUACGUAUUCCUAAGUCAGUGUGUUUAGACUUUAAAGUAUCUUAACUCAUUUCUGAACAUGUAACAUGUUUAUAAACCUCUUGAUUUCUAGCAACAUAUAGAAAACACUUGUUAUUAAAAACACUUCAAGUUCUACUCUCUGCCAGCCAUUGCUGACAUUCUGUCAUUAGAGAAUACACGGCAAUAUCUGAUAUGUUGCAAGCUUUCAAGGUAGCCUGAACUUUAAAAAGUUGGUCCAUUAGUUGUAUCUGAUGGAUGUAAUUUGCCUCCUAGUUCACUCUGUGUCAAGAGCUAAAACUGUGAACCUAACUUUCUUUUAUUGGUGGGUAAUAACUGAAAAUAAAGAUUUUAUUUUCAUGCUCACUUCUUAAAAGUUAUAAAAACAAUCAAAUAGGAGCCCAUUUAUCGUCAUAUGUGUCUCUUCUGACCUGUUUGUGCAUCCCUAAGAUAAUGCUCAUAUUUUGUCCCCUUAUGCUUAGAUUUUGUUUAUGUGGGGUUUUUGUUAAACCAGGCUGUCUAAUCACAUUUGGGAGGGAUACCUAUUUUAAAGAGUAUUGUGAUUAGUUUAAUGCUUAUAAAAUGAAUUUCCAGGACUGACCGGACAAUUAGAAUUUCUCUUAGUAGAUCAUGUAUUUAGUGUGAAAGUUAAUCAUACUGAAUGCCACUUUUUGGAGGGGGUCAAACAGGGUAUAAUACUCUAAAGAAAACCUCUCAAUUGAUACAGAUCCCUGAAUUAUAAUGGUGGCUAAUUGAAUGUUUUAGUGAACUUUUACCUUGAUGCUUUUAAAUAGGAAUUAUGCCAGAGUCGAUAUUUCUUAUUAAGAUAUUUUCAGCUUGUACUGAAAUGAUUGGGAUAUGGUUUCUUUUUUAGUUAAAUACUAUUUUGAGAUGUGUGGAGUAGUGGAAGAUGUAAAAAAUGUAUCACUAGGUACUAUACAUCUAGUUACUCAGUUUUAUUUUAAAAGUGGAAGCAGAACACAUCUCCAGGGUUGUAAAUAUAUUUGAGACUUAUUUUUUGGUAUGGAUUUGGAGGGAGUAUAUUAAGGACUCAUUCUGAUUGUGUUAUUAUUUUUUUUUAAUUGCUAGACAUGGUUGCACUGAAAUAGAAAAAUGUUAUACUAUUAGGAAUUGCAUACAGAGUCUAUUGUAUGUUGGAUUUUAAAAAGAUCUUUAAGAGCACUAGCAUUAUGUGGAAGAAACCAAGUAUUAAAAGGUUAAAAGAAACUUAAUGGAGAAAUCUGAAGCUGGUAGAACCUGAAAGAUUUUGACUUUUAAGAUUAUAUCAGGUAUAUUAAUGGACAUCUAUCCCAACAUUGAAGUUAUUGGUAUAACAGAUUCUAUAGCUCUCAAGCGCAUACAGUUCUACUUCUAAAGAAAGUAAAUAAAUGCUUAGAAAAUAGAUUCUAACCCAAACAUUUGUAAUUCUACU